CUUUUCCCUUGACAGAAGAAAAAAAUUUUAAUCUCUUUUCUUAAUCAAUCAUAAUGGCUGUUCGUGCUCAAUUUGAAAACAGCAAUGAGAUUGGUGUAUUUUCUCGUUUAACCAACAGUUACUGUUUAGUUGCCCUUGGUGGUUCUGAAAAUUUUUACAGUGUCUUUGAAGGAGAAUUAGGCGAUGUGAUUCCUGUUGUUCAUACAACUAUUGCUGGUACACGUAUUGUUGGUCGCUUGACUGCUGGUAACAAGAAGGGUUUGCUUGUUCCUAGCACAACUACCGAUCAAGAACUUCAACACUUGCGUAACUCCCUUCCUGAUAACAUUGCUGUUCAGCGUGUUGAAGAACGCUUAUCAGCUCUGGGUAAUGUGAUUGCUUGUAAUGACUAUGUUGCUUUGGUUCACCCUGAUAUCGAUCGUGAAACUGAAGAAAUCAUUGCUGACACACUCCAAGUCGAAGUUUUCCGUCAAACUGUAGCAGACAAUGUCUUGGUUGGAUCUUACUGUGCUAUUAGUAAUCAAGGAGGUAUCGUUCAUCCUCGUACAUCUAUUCAAGAUCAAGAUGAAUUAUCAGCUCUCUUGCAAAUUCCAUUGGUCGCAGGUACUGUCAACCGUGGUUCUGAUGUGAUUGGAGCAGGAUGUGUUGUGAAUGAUUGGUGUGCCUUUGCUGGCAUGGAUACCACUUCCACCGAAUUAAGUGUGAUGGAAAGUAUCUUCAAGUUGCAGGAUGCUCAGCCUACUGCUAUUGUCAAUGAAUUGAGAGAUACAUUGGUUGAUACUUACUCAUAGAUUAUAUAUUUUUGCAUUGUAUAAUUUUUAUUCCACGCACAUACACAAACUCACUCACAUAUUAACACUGUAAUAUAAACCCUUUCUACCCUUUUUUUUAUUGCAAUAAAAAGUCUUUAUUUUUUCAAGGGCAAUAAAAAUACGAUUUGAUGUGGCAUGCUUAUAUUAUUAAUAUACAUUAAAUCUCAUUAAAUAGUUAAUGUAUCGAUAAGUUCUAUAAAUCAAUUUUGCUGAUGCAGAGAGAAAACGUGACCUUCUUAUACGUGACCAUGUUAGGCUCUGACACGUAUCUAACUCCAUAGAUAUUAAGCUUGAGACCUUCCCA